AUGGAAGACGAUCAUGAUGAUAUACCAAUGUUGUUAUCAACCCACACUUUAUCCGCGCUACAUGAAUUUCUUAAAGAUCAACAAAACGCACAGGAUCAAUUUGAAAAAUUACGUUCGAGAUCAGAAGCUCGAUAUAGUGAGAAUAACGAUAAAGAUGGUGAGGAUUGGCAGUACGAUCAAAAUACUUCACAAACAAUCGCAGAAGAAAUACUAAUCAAUGUGGCGAAUAAUAAAAGUGAAGAGUACUUUCGCAUAGCAUGCAUUAGUACUCCCACGAUUUUUGUGAAAUUAAAGUCUUUAAUACGAAAAUCUCCCAACAACAAUUUGCUGCGAGCUUUUCUUUUUGAGUACGACACGCGGUUUGACGUCUACGGAAAAGAUUUCAUACAUUACGACUAUAAACAGCCAGCUCAGUUUCGCGAUGCUGCGCUCUUGAAGGGAACAUUCGAUUUUGUGGUUGUGGAUCCGCCUUUUUUGAGUGAAGAGUGUUGUACCAAGACGAUGAUUACCGUACGGUGGUUGGCGAAGCCAGAGGCAUGUAAAAUAAUUGUGUGCACAGGGGAAGUUAUGAGUGAUUUAGUCGAAAGAUUAAUUAAAGCGCGAAUGACUACAUUUUAUCCUCAACAUCAAGGUGGUUUGGCAAAUGAAUUUCGUUGUUUUGUGAAUUAUCAAAGUGAAGUUUUGAAAUGGAAUAAUGAUACUUCUGAUUCAUGA